UGUUGGGGCGGGUCGUUGAUCCCGUGCAUAUAAAUCUUUACAAUGCAAGCCUGGGUCAGUGAAACACAGCUGGUUGUCGGUAACCGAAGUCCAGUCGACGAGUCUGUGCGAUGGCGGCGAGCAGUAACAGCGAGACAGGCGUUCAGGAUGUGGAGCGAGCAGAAAUGGUCCGCCUCAUGAUGCAGCACUGCCGAGAGAUGAAACGACACGAGACGUGCUCCCGCUUUGCCACUGGAUUCCUGCUCCUUACGCUCUUCGCCGCUUUCCUCUUCGUCCAGGUCUCAGGACAGAGCAGUAAGGAUGCACCAAGUGAGCAGCCAGUGACAAACACAGCAGGUCUGGUUCAGGCACGACGCAGUGGACAGUCUGGUAGACACCGUGUGCACUCUGUACAUCUGCUGAGUCAUCAUCCGGAUCCAAUCACUGAGAUGAAAAAUGACACCCAUGUCAUCCGUUGGCGUGAAUCCUCUAAACUCAAAAUGAUAGACAACAACACAGGUCUUGUUAUCCCUAGCAACGGCUGGUACCUUGUUAACCUUAGAAUAUCAUUCCGUGUGCCUUAUGGGCCGUGUCCUUGUAAGCACUACUUAGGAGAAUCGGAAGACGAGGAAGGCAAGGAAGACACUCUUUGCUUUUUGAGCAUUGCUGUUAAGCAGAAACAUAGUGAGUACCCUGGUUGGAUUGAUGUCGUACAGGCGAAGGAGACCAUGCUUUGUACGCUCGGUUCACGUCAGGCCAUUAAUUUAAGCAGAGUGGUCAAUCUGAAAAACUCUACUGUGCUAAUAGUUACCAUAGCUUCAGACAACCAUGAUCUUAUCAGCAGGGAAAUUCACGACUACUUUGAAAUCACUCGUCUGUGAUACUACUGUCACCUUUAACCACAUAUCGGUAUUACUGUGCAUUUAUAAAUGUAUUUUCAGAUUUAUAUUAUUCAUUGAACUAUUGUGAACUAUUUAUGAGCUACUUACACUGGCUUUAAAAGUACUAAAGGGUUCAUUACACAAGGAGAAAGAGAAGUAGUUCUACAUAAUAUUAGCAUGGUGGUUCUUGUGAUUUUUUUUUCCUUAUUUUUGUUUGCUUUUUGCCUGCUUAAACUGGUCAUUGAAGUUCUUCUGAACUGCACUGUCCAAAUUGUUAUUAAAUAACAUGAUUGCAUGCAUACUAAGUAUCCAUAAGGUAUCAUAUGUUUUACUAUGGUAAAUGAGGUCUUUUCAGUCCUUAAUGACAGUAGAUUGGCACAUUGUUGCCAGCUGGUAGGGCUGUUGACACGUUUUAUGUUAAAACUUGUUUUGUACUCACAUUUCAUUGUUGUAAAAUGGUGGAAUGGACCAAAUUGU